UUGCUCCCAUGGUGCUUCGUGGAAAGUGUGCGACAUGUGCAACAAGUCAUUUUCCUCAAACGCACGCGUGUCGCCAUUCGUUACGGAACGUCGUAGAGAGCGCGUGUGGUAGUGGACGGUAAUAUCAUAGAAGCAGCUGUUCUUACGGUGUGAGGCAGAGCAUUUUACUUGAAAGUGUGACACAAUUUGAGUGAAAAUUGCACGUGAAAUCACGAGAAAUAGUGGAAAAAUUAAUUACGAAUUCUUACUUACGAUGGUUUGAUUAUAUUAGAGUAUGAUCGUGCUCUAAGAUCGUUUUGUGUGACAGAUGGCGUGAUCCUCGUUUGCUACCAUUUAAUUAUCGUAGUAUCGUGCAGUAAUGUAACAAAAAGUCAUCAUAUGCAAACAUACAAGUGAAAAUCGAAUCAACGAAUUUACAUUUACACGCGCGCUAUUACAUAACGCGGCCAGCGGGAAGUCCGCUUCCGUAAAACCCAGUGCUUCCUGUCUCGAGAUCAACCUGUCAAAACGCAACCCCGUACAGUGAAAGCGAAAAGUGAUCUACAUUCAGUUUCAAACCACUAGCACACGCUGAAAACCAGUAUAAAAAUGAUCAAUGUGAUGGAAAAUAGUGAAUCUCGUCGAAAAAUGCGACUGUUUCCUAUGUUUUUGCACCGUUUGCUUGUCGUUGCGUUUGCAUUUCUUCUAAUAGGCCCUACCGAUGGUUACAAUGGUGAUUUCGAUGAACCAGUGGAGCAUAUUAAAAUCGGGGGUCUGUUUGAUGGCGACACCGAUGACGCUGAGCUCGCUUUCCAGUAUGCGGUAGAGGCGGUCAAUAAUGAGAAGCUGUCGUAUUCCAACUAUCAGCUGGAGGCACAGGCGGUGCAGGUUAAGUACGGCGAUCAGUUCGAUGUAUCGAAGAAACUGUGCCGCCUGCUGAAGACCGGCGUAGCAGGUAUCUUUGGCCCAUCCUCGCCCAAAUCGGCCCUCCACGUGCAGAGCGUGUGCGACGAGAAGGAGAUGCCGCACAUCGAGACGCGCUGGGACGCGUACACCAAACUGCCCACCCUGAACCUGCACCCGCACCCGCACAUUAUGGGGCGCGUCUUUCUCGACCUGGUGGUGGCGUUCGAGUGGAAGGAUUUUACCAUCCUGUACGAGUCCGGCCCGUGGCUGCCGGGCAUUUCCGAUCUGCUGAAAAUGUACGACCCCAAGGGUUAUACCGUGACGGUGCGGCAGCUCGAUCUUGGGCUAAACGGCAACUAUCGGGCCGUGUUGCGGCGUGUCAAGCUGUCCGAGGACAAGCGCAUCAUCUUGGCCUGCUCGAUCGAGUCGAUGCCGGAGGUGCUGAAGCAGGCACAGCAGGUCGGAUUGCUGACCGAUCACCAUCAGAUCAUCAUCACCUCGCUCGAUCUGCACACGAUCGACCUGGAGCCGUACCAGUACAGUGGCACCAACAUUACCGGCGUGCGGUUGAUCGACCCGGAGGAGGAGAAGAUUAAGCAGGUGGCCGACUUCCUGAACGCGUCCCAGAUCGCCAAAACGCUCGAGCUGCACGAUGGGCUAAACCCGGCCAAGAUGCGCGUCAAGACGGCACUGAUGUACGAUGCGGUGCUGCUGUUUGCCGAGGCCCUGAAGCACCUGAUCGGGAGCGAGCCGCCCCGCCUGCUCGAACCGAUCUCGCUCAAGUGUGACGAUCCGACGACCUGGAAGAAUGGGUACAGCGUCAUCAACUACAUGAAGAGCUCCACCAUCCAUGGGUUGACGCGCAGCAUCAAGUUCGACCAUCAGGGCCAUCGGUCCGACUUUCUGCUGGACCUCAUCGAGCUCGGACCGGCUGGGCUGGAGAAGGUGGGCGUGUGGAACUCGACCGAGGGGUUGAAUUUUACGCGCAAAACGGAGCAGGCGGCCCAUGCGAUGGAUGACGGUACGCUGCAGAAUCGUACCUUUCUCGUGCUGACCGCUAUCUCACCACCGUACGGUAUGCUGAAGGACUCUCCGAUCAAACUGUCCGGCAACGAGCGCUUCGAAGGCUUCGGUAUCGAUCUGAUUCACGAGCUUUCGCUAAUGCUCGGCUUCAACUACACCUUCAUACUGCAGGAGGACGGUGUGUACGGGUCGCUCAAUCGGGACACCAAGAAGUGGAACGGUAUGGUGCAGGAACUGCUCGAAUGGCGUGCCGAUCUGGCCAUUACCGACCUCACGAUCACCUCCGAUCGCGAGAGCGCGGUCGAUUUUACCAUGCCCUUCAUGAACCUCGGCAUCUCGAUUCUGUUCCGCAAACCGACCAAAGAGCCACCGUCGCUGUUCUCCUUCAUGUCGCCGUUCUCGAAGCAGGUGUGGCUGUACCUGGGCGGUGCGUACAUGAUGGUAUCGAUGUCGCUGUUUGUGCUGGGCCGCAUCUCGCCGAAGGAGUGGGACAAUCCGUACCCGUGCAUCGAGGAGCCGGAGGAGCUGGAGAACCAGUUCAGCUUCAGCAACUCGAUGUGGUUCACGAUCGGCGCUCUGCUGCAGCAGGGUUCGGAGAUCGCUCCCAAGGCUCCGGCGACGCGUGCCGUUGCGUCGAUCUGGUGGUUCUUCACCCUCAUCAUGGUGUCGUCGUACACGGCCAACCUGGCCGCCUUUCUCACGGUCGAGCAGGUCGUCUCGCCGAUCAACAAUGCGGAAGAUCUGGCCGCUGCCGGCGGGGCGGUGAAGUACGGUGCCAAGCGGGACGGCAGCACAAUCAGCUUCUUCAAGGACGCCGAGUACGGCACGUACGCCAAGAUGUACCAGUUCAUGAUGGCCAACCAGGACCUGCUGACGUCGUCCAACCCGGAGGGGCUGCAGCGCGUCAAGACGGAAAACUACGCCUUCCUGAUGGAGUCCACCUCGAUCGAGUACAUCGUGGAGCGGGAGUGCGACGUGACGCAGAUCGGCGGUUUGCUCGACGACAAGGGGUACGGCAUCGCGAUGCGCAAGAACUCGCCGUACCGCAGUGCGCUCAGCGAGGCGGUCCUGCGGCUCCAGGAGCAGGGCGUGCUGACCUCGCUCAAGCGCAAAUGGUGGAAGGAAAAGCGUGGUGGUGGCGCUUGCGAGAAUACGAUGGAGGAAGGUGGUGCACUUGCACUUGAGCUGGCAAACGUCGGCGGUGUGUUUGUGCUGCUGAUCGUCGGCUGUGUCGCGGCACUGUUUGUGAGCUUCUGCGAGAUGCUCUGUGACGUGCACCGGCGCACGCGCGAAUUGAAGGUACCGUUCCGGGAGGAGCUGAUGGCCGAGCUGCGCUUCGUGGCCAAAUGUCACGGCAAUACGAAACCGGUGCGCCACCGCAAGAGCUCAUCCGCCUCCGGCCCGAACUCGCUCGAAUCGGGCAUGGAAUCGGCGGAGCAGUCGGCCACCUCGAGCAAACAGGACAUCUCCGGCAGUCCGACCGGUGCGGCUGGCGCGGACGAAGCUGACCGGGACGCCGAGCUGGAAAACCGCCAGCGAAGACAGAAUGGUGGUGGCAAAUCGGCCCUUAAUGGGAGUGCGCGCAAGAUCAAAUCGGAUGAGUGAAAGUUAACCGGACCCGGUAACGGAUAAUCAGUUUCGGGUGUUGGUUGUGCUACAUUUGUAAAAAAAGAGAAGUUGAUUUGUUUAACAAUAAAUAUCUCACAAUCCGCUAAAACGGCUUGCCCGCGCAAAGACA